UGGGGAAGAAUCAUUGAGCCCGUCCUUCCCUCCUCUGCUGCACAGGGCCGGUUUGCCCACGAUUUGUGUGAAAUCCCCGCCGUGUCUCUGGGUGGACACCCUCCCUGUACCCCCCUGGACCUUCAAACCUUCUCCAGCGAUCGCAUGGUGGCAAGGUCCAGGGCUUAUGCGAGGAGACCAUGACCACUGAUGAGGCCACCAAGAGCGAAGGGGAGGUGCAGGCGGCAGCAGCUCUCGCCGAGCGCGGGGAGGACAUCACGCCGGCUCGAGACCGAGGGGUCCUGAAGAUCAUUAAACGACCCGGGAGCGAAGAUGAGUCCCCCAUGAUCGGGGACAAGGUUUAUGUCCACUACAAAGGCAAACUGGCCAAUGGUAAAAAAUUUGACUCCAGCCGCGAUCGGAACGAGCCCUUUGUCUUCAGCCUGGGCAAGGGUCAGGUAAUCAAGGCAUGGGACAUCGGGGUGGCUACCAUGAAGAAGGGAGAGAUCUGCUACUUGCUCUGCAAACCCGAGUACGCGUAUGGCUCUGCUGGCAGUGCCCCCAAAAUCCCCUCCAACGCCACCCUCUUUUUUGAGGUCGAGCUGCUUGACUUCAAAGGCGAGGACUUGUUUGAGGAUGGAGGGAUAAUCCGGAGGAUCAAGAGGAAGGGAGAAGGUUAUUCAAACCCUAAUGAAGGUGCCACGGUGGAAAUUCACCUGGAGGGUUUCUGUGGCGGCACCAGGUUCGACUGCAAAGAUGUGAAGUUCGUCGUGGGCGAAGGGGAGGACCACGACAUCCCCAUCGGCAUCGACAAAGCCCUGGAGAAGAUGCAGAGGGGAGAGCACUGCAUCCUCUACCUCGGGCCACGGUACGGCUUUGGCGAGGCGGGGAAGCCCAAAUACGGAAUCCAGGCCAACGCGGAGCUGGUCUACGAGGUGACGCUGAAAAGUUUUGAAAAGGCCAAGGAGUCGUGGGAGAUGGACACCAAAGAGAAGCUGGAGCAGGCUGCCAUCGUCAAGGAGAAGGGCACGAUGUACUUCAAGGAAGGCAAAUACCUGCAGGCAGUGAUUCAGUACGGGAAGAUCGUGUCCUGGCUGGAAAUGGAGUAUGGCUUAUCUGAGAAAGAGUCAAAAGCCUCCGACUCCUUCCUCCUGGCUGCCUUCCUCAACUUGGCCAUGUGCUACCUGAAGCUGCGAGAGUACGCCAAAGCUGUCGAGUGCUGCGAUAAGGCACUAGGACUGGACCAGGACAACGAGAAGGGCUUGUACCGGCGGGGCGAAGCCAGGUUAUUGAUGAAUGAGUUCGAGCUGGCAAAAUGUGACUUUCAAAAAGUGCUGGAAGUAAAUCCACAGAACAAAGCAGCCAAAUCCCAGAUCUCUGUCUGCCAGAAGAAGACAAAGGAGCACAACGAGCGGGACCGGAGGAUCUACGCCAACAUGUUCACAAAGUUUGCGGAGAGGGAUGCAAAGGAAGCAGCUAGCAAAACUGGGGUCGAAAAAUCAGCUGAGAAAGCAGCUUGUGAAAAGGGACCGAAAGCUCCCGGUGCUGAAGGUGAAGAGGCUGAAGGACACGUAUGAUGGAGGAGGAGGAGGGGAAGGGAAAGCCUCCUGCCCUCGGCCCGAGAAUAAGGUUGUUGCCAGACCUCGGGACUCGCCAGUGUUUUCUUGUAAAGCUUGUUACAGUUUGUGUGAUCGUGGAAGCAAAAAGCGCCUCGCAAAGAAAAACGAACCCCGUCCCACUGCCCUGGGCACACCCAGGGGCAGAGCGGGAGCGGCGGGACGCCGUGGGACCACCGCACGUGGAACAAAUAGCUUUUAAACGGAGAGAAAGAGAAAAAAAAAAUAAAUAAAAAUUGAAACUCAUGGCUCUUGGGAGGUUUCCGUAGACAGCUCGUCCUGGCACCCUUGGCUUCGUGUUGGCUGUCGGCGCAGCAUCCCGGCUCCUCCAAGAUGAGUUGGGAUGUGGGAGAUGCUCCUCGUACGCUGCAGUUCUGCCUCCGGUUGUAUCCGGUACCACGGGCAUGGGCACGGGGGGGCUGUUGGAGCCCAGGGCCCCAGAGCACACCCCCCACCCCUCACUCACCCACUGGGCGUCAGGGGGAAAAUUGCUUUUCUCUCCUGGUGGCUUCUUGCCUGUGGUCUAAGGGGUUGUGAUGCAGAGCCGGGCGUGAGGGCGAGGAUUCACGUCCCCUCGGUGCAGGGAGGUGGUUUGCCUCCAAAACACUACUGCAGGGGGUGGAUUUUAUCUUUUUGAAGAAGCUGGUUUCUGUUUCCUUGGAGAGCUGAAGCCUCCUGUCCAGCUCCGCUACUCGCAGGCGCUCACUCCGCAGCCUGCACCCCACCCCUUGGCUCCCAUCUUUAAAUGGGAGUUUUAUUGCUUAUUUGGGGUCCAUACUGGGGGG